AUGACAGAUCACGACCCCAACUUAUUCUACUUGGGCGAGCCCGGCAAAGACACGAUCAGCGCGGAAGACUUCGCGCGCCACGUGGCACUGAAAAUGCGGAGCAUGGCGCUGACAACGGACGCCGACAAGAUGGACGCCUUCGGGGACUUCUUGAUGGCAGGAAAACCGGCCGACAAGUGGUGGAAGGCAAGACAAGCGGCGGCAACGCCGAUCACAAAGUGGACAGACGCACGAGCAGCGUUCGUAGCGGAAUUCGACGCACCGCAGGCGGCAGAGAAGACGAGGCAGGAGUGGGAACGCGAGCUGAGCAAGCUGCGCAUCUCACUGGACGAGCUGGGAACCAGGACGUUGGUAGGAGGCGUGGAGACCCACGCGCAUGUAGCAUUUGCGCGGAAGAUGCUGCGCAUCGCAAAAGAGGCAGGCAUACAGAAGUCAGGGAGCAACAUCUGGGCGGUACGAGACCACCUGCCGGUCUCAUUACGAGACCAAACGCCAAGGGCGGCAACGAGCUGGGAGGCGUUUGCGGCGGCCAUUGAGAAGGUUGACGUGGAUAAACUGGGGGAAGACGUUGAGAAGGAGCGCGAGAACAAUAAGCUCAAGGCGGAGCUAAUAGCCCUAUGA